AUGGAAACAAUGGAACGUCAGUUGGCUGGUUUAUCAUCAUUGGUACAUUCGGCAUUGGUGAGUAAAGGAAUGAGCGAAACAAGUCAACGUGAUAUGCACGAGCUGAGACGACAGAUUCUUGCCUUGCAUCCUGAUAUAAAUUCUGCUAGCAGUCUACCGAGCAGCGCUGAGCCAUCAAUACCGGACACGGUAUCGUUGAGUGGCGAAGCACAGCAAGAGCUUCUGAAACUGAGGCGUCAAGCUGCCGAUAGUCACACACAGUUGAAGCAGAUACGCAGAGCUGUUCAGGUGAACGCACAGAAUUCAAGGGAUAUUUUGAGAGAUGCAUUCGAUCGUAUUCAGCAUCAUAUUGCGGAUCAUUUCGGUGGGAUGGCAACACUAGCGCGCGAUGAGGAUAGCGCAAUUGAGAUGAUGAAAUCAGAGCAUGUGGCUCGAAUUACGGGUCUACAAAAAUCACUGCAAUCAUUUGAAGAGGAUAUCGAAGAGAUACGAAAACUUGUGCUGAACACAAAUCGAAAAUUGCGCAUGACCGAAGUGGAAUCGUUCACGAAUUCGCUCACUAAAAUUGGUCGUACAGCGGCUAGGCUGAAAACACAUUUUCCAUCGAUACAACGAGAACUGGAAGUGAAAAUAAGGGACAAUAUGGAGAAAAUUGUUCGUGAAGAGCGAUUCAUCAAAGAGGAAUCUGCCCAGAUUGAUCAGUGUUUAAGACGCUGCAAAACACUUGCGAAUAUGAUGGUCACUAUGAAAAAACUAGCUAUGGUUCAGGAUCCAACAGUCGGCAACAAUUACAGGUUUGUUUGA